AUGUCUUCUGACAAGAAUCAAAAAUGUUCAUCUUCAGUUUCGUUCACAAAAUUUAUUUCUCGUAUUACUCGCACACUUUCAUUUUCAUCCAAGAAACGGCAACUAUUAUUGAAGAAAUCGAAUAAAGUCGCACCAAAGCAGCGAUCGAUCCCAAAGGAUACCUUAUUCGCUCCAAAAAGUGUUCCUGUUAUUCGUCGUCAAUCACCACAACUUAUCGCACAAAUUCUUUACAAAGAUAAUAGUAUACCAGGAAAUUACUAUCAACAACCUAGACAUGUAAACAUGUACAACAAGUAUAAUUAUGAAGAUAAUGAUGAUGAAGAUAAUUAUUCACGAUAUUCACUUCGACCUAAUUUAUCACUCUUUAAUAUUAGUUCCGAUAAUCUUCAUUAUCAACGAGACGAUUAUCAUGAACAAAUGUAUCAACAACAAAAUUGGCUUGACCAUAUUUUUCAUUCAACCAAAAUUGAACAUUCUUAA